GUCAUUAAAGUGGAUCUUUAAAUCGCGCGAAAUGAAUAUCUCUCUAUUGAUGAACUUACCUCUCAAUGACGAAAACUAUCAAUCAUUAACCACUUCAAGAUCAAUAAAACAUAAUGAAAUAAAUUUUAAAAUUUCUUGGGGUAGAGGUCAUCACAUAGUAGUUUUCCGUGAAAAAGAAUUUUUUAUUAUAGUCUUGACCUUUAAAGGUAUACCAUACAACUCAAUUGCAGUUGUUAAUGACUACAAAUUAAUUUGUCUUCUUGCCGAUGAAACUCUCUGCUUGAUUGAAUUGCCUGAUUUUUCAACUCUUUCCAACAAAGCACCUUGUAAAAAGUGCAUAUGUAGUUCUAGUUUGGAAGCAAGUGAUUUGGGAAAACAAAGGAAUGCAAUUAAUAUGACAUGUAAUUCUCAUGGAAAGCAAUUUCUCGUGUUUCUUCUACUAUCAGAUAAGGAAAUUGCCUUGAAAUGUUUUACACUUUUGUUCGACAACGAUGAAUAUACGUCUUUAUCUUUGUUAUACAAAAUCCCAAGGACUACUUCAUCGAUAGCAAACAUAAGGGGAACUCCAUUUACAGUUGUUUUCAGACAAACACUAAAUGAAAAUUUAGCCAAGCAAAUAGUUCCCGAAAGCAGUAAAUGCGAAGAAUCUUUAUGUUUGUACAGCUAUCAUAAUGGCGUAAUUACUGUAAAUGAGAGUAUUCAUAAAAAGGAAGAUAUUUUACAUUUUUUAAAUCAAGAUUGCAUUGCGAUAAUUACGCUAGAUUUAAAAUCUCGUGGAGACUGCUUGGUGUUAAUUGGAAAUGAGGGAAAAGUUGUUUAUUUAACGUGUGAGAAAAAUAGUUUAAUGGAUAGGACUUUUUUUAUACCUGGGCCUAUUUUAUGUUGUGAUUUUCAAGAAUAUUGGCUUUUCUAUUCAAAUCACGAAAGAUUGUAUAAGGUAAAUCUGCUAAGGCAGUUAAACGAACAUUAUACGCCUUUUGAUAUAGAAUAUAUUUCAUUUUAUGGUAUACGACGAUUGCAUAUCGUAAAAGUAUCAGGAGAAUCAACUAUUAUAUGCGUUCAUAAUUCCAUGGGUAAUAUUUAUAAACUUGAGAUUAACAAGUGGGAUCGCUGUGAGCCUUCUGAUAUAUCAGCCCUUUUAAAUUCGAAUAAAAAUUUCCAAGACCAAACUGACUUUUAUUUAGAGCAAUUAGAUCAACAAAAUAGCAUUAUCCGCAAUUUAACUCUCUGUUAUAAUUGCUCCAAGAAAAAUAUUAAAAUUACCCUAAAUAAGCAAGAAAUUGAAAGUGAGAAAAGUGUUUGCAUUUCUGUAAUAAAUAAUAACUUUCUGGACUCGUGGUUUGUAGUCUGUACAUUGAAAUCUCUGCAGGAACGGUACGAAAUUCAAAAAUUAAGAAAAGCUUCCUCAAAUGUUAAAUUUUAUUUUGAUAAAGCUACUAUUAAUGAAAUAAAGCCAUAUAAGAUAAAUAUAAUGUUUUUUUUCAACGAUUCAAAAGGUAUGGCUUCAUUUUCAACAGAUAAUUUUAGCGAUAAUGACGAUAAAGAUGAUGAAAAUGGUGUUGAUGAAGAAAAUUCUCGAAUUAAAUAA